GUUCGCCGUAUUCGGAGCUUUGAUUAUAUCGUAGCAUCAUUACCAGUUCCUACCUAGGUAAGUACCUAGGUAUCACUACAUGCCGACGUGACUCAAUUACCUGAUAAAUCACUGGACGUUUGUUGAUAUUUUAUAUUUUGCCAUCUGUUCUCUUCAUACAAUCACAGUUACACCCGUUUCCUUCUCAGAUACAGCUAUUAACAAAUUGAAAAGCAUCAGUGUCACGACUUCAAGAACCCCGCAUUAUUGACGCUGGUUAACUCUCCCCCACCAACAACUCCACGAGCUUCCCCAUAGCAUUACCUAAUUGAUCAUGGCACCCAACGUCUACCCACAUCCUGAACCUCAAUUCAUACAUUUCCCCAGUCGGCGUUCCGUCGUGCACAGUACGAAGGCAGUCGUCUCUUCGACACAACCACUUGCCACGGCUGCUGGGUUGGACAUUCUGAGGAAGGGUGGAAACGCUGCGGACGCCGCUGUAGCCGUCGCUGCAGCCAUCAAUGUCACAGAACCUGGAUCAACCGGCAUCGGCGGCGAUCUAUUCUGUCUAUUCUAUGAGGCCAAGACGAAGAAAGUGCAUGCUCUCAAUGGAUCAGGUCGUUCGGGACAGAAUGUCACGCUCGAGCAGAUCCGCAAAGAUUUGAAGAUCCCAGACGGACAGACUGGGCAGAUCCCAAUGGACAGUGUCCAUGCUGUUACUGUUCCAGGAGCAGCGGCAGGGUGGGUCGAUGUGGUCGAGAGGUUCGGCAGCGGAAAGGUAUCUCUGGAGGAGGUCCUAACGCCUGCUAUUGAACUUGCGGAGAAGGGUUUUGCUGUUUCUGAACUUUCUGCCACAUUCUGGGCACACAGCGAGUCUGCAAUCCGAAAGGCCUCGCCAAACGGCGCCGAAAUGCUCAAGAAAGAUACCUCAGCACCAGGUGGUGCAAGGGCACCCAAAGCAGGUGAAAUUAUGAAGAACCCAACCAUAGGCAACACUUUCAGACUUCUGGCCAAGCAUGGCAAAAAGGGGUUCUAUGAGGGUGAAGUCGCUGAACAGCUCAUCAAAGUCGUCACCGACCUUGGAGGCCACCUCACGCUCGACGACCUCAAGCAUCACGCCGAAACAGGCUCUGAGCCAGUCGACGCCAUAUCGCUGAAAUACACCGGCCAAGGCGUCGGCGACAACACCGAAGGCCACGGCAUCCAACUCUGGGAGCACCCGCCCAACGGCCAAGGCAUCGUCGCUCUCAUGGCCCUCGGCAUAAUCCAAGAGCUCGAAAAGCAAGGCAAGAUCCCCAAAUGGUCCCUUUCAGACCACAACAGCACCACGCACCUACACGCCGUCAUCGAAGCCCUCCGCAUCGCCUUCGCCGACGCCCACUGGUUCGUCACAGACCCCAACGUCGUGAAAGUCCCCUCCGCAGACCUGAUAUCGCAACCCUACCUCGCGGACCGCGCGAAGCUUUUCGACGCAUCCAAAGCCGCCUCGGCGCCCAUCCACGGCUCCCCCGCCCACCUCCAGAGCGACACCGUAUACUUCUGCGCCUCGGACCCAGACGGCAACGCCAUCUCCUUCAUCAACAGCAACUACGGGGGGUUCGGCACCGCAAUCAUCCCCAAGGGCUGCGGCUUCACGCUGCAGAACCGCGGCGCGAACUUCAGCCUCGCACAGUCCGGUCACCCUAACGUUCUCGCCCCGCGGAAGAGGCCGUACCACACUAUCAUCCCGGGCCUCAUCACCUACGCGAAGGACCAGAGUCUGCACAGCGUGUACGGCGUAAUGGGUGGCUUCAUGCAGCCCCAGGGCCACGUGCAGGUCCUACUCAACCAGGAGGUCUUCAAGUUGAAUCCCCAGGCCGCGCUCGACGCUCCGCGGAUCUGUAUCGGAGCCGGCAUGCCCAGUGACGAUGGGACGAUGACGGACGCGACAAUCUAUGUUGAGGAAGGCAUUGAUUCAAAGGUCGUGGAGGAGUUGAGGGCGCUGGGACACAAUGUCGAGCAGCUCAGUGGGUAUGCGAGGGGCAUGUUCGGGAGGGGCCAGAUUAUCAGGCAGCAUUUUGAUGAUGGGGUCAUGGUUUGGAGCGGCGGAAGUGAUCUGAGAGGCGAUGGUGCUGCUGUGCCACUAUAAUCGUCCCUGAGAGAGCUAUAAAUCCGGACUUUUGGUCUUAGUUUUCCAGCGGCGAGGUCACAUAAUGAGACAAUGAGAAUUGAACAUAGCCGUCU